CCCUGAUCCUGCCUGCCCUGAUCCCUCCUGUCCUGAUCUCUCCUGUCCUGCUUCCCUGAUUUUACCUGCACUGAUCCCUCCUGUUUUGCUUCCCUGACCCUGCCUGUCCUGAUCUCUCCUGUCCUGCUUUCCUGAUCCCUUCUAUCAUGAUUCCUCCUGUCCUGCUUCUCUGAUAUCCCCCCUCCCCCCCUGGGUACUGCCUACUUGUACAGCUGGACUGUUCUUCUGAACCUGGCUGGCUUGCACUACCUCCUUAGUCCUGGCUAUCCACUCCCCUGCAUUGGACUGCACAGCUGAUCUGUAUUGUCCCUGAUGUGUUUUCCUGCACAGCUUUUGUGAUACUCACUGAACCGCAGCCCUUAUCCUGGAUGCCUCGCUGCGCUCCCGAUCCUGGAUAUCUAUACCUGGCUGUACUCCUAACCCUGGAUGUCCAUAUAGCUGUACUCCAAAACUGCAUUACUGAUCCUGGAUAUCCACCAGCUGUACUCCUGAGCUGAUAAACCUGGAUACUCACAAAGCUGUACUCCUGUUCCUGGAUACCUUUAAAGUUGUACUCCUGUUCCUGGAUACCUUUUAAAGCUGUACUCCUGAGCUGCACUCCUAAACUCUGUCACAAAGCUGUACUCCUGUUUUUGCAUACCUUUAAAGCUGUACUCCUGUUCCUGGAUAUCUACUCCUAAUCCUGGAUGUCCACAUAGCUGUACUCCUAAACUGCACUACUGAUCCUGGAUAUCCACCAGCUGUACUCCUUAGCUGAUAAACCUGGAUACUCACAAAGCUGUACUCCUGUUCCUGGAUAAAUUUUAAAGCUGUACUCCUGUUCCUGCAUACCUUUAAAGCUGUACUCCUGUUCUUGGAUAUCUACUCCUAACCCUGGAUGUCCACAUAGCUGUACUCCUAAACUGCACUACUGAACCUGGAUAUCCACCAGCUGUACUCCUGAGCUGGUAAACCUGGAUACUCUCAAAGCUGUACCCCUGUUCCUGGAUACCUUUAAAGCUUUACUCCUGUUCCUGCAUACCUUUUAAAAGCUGUACCCCUGUUCCUGCAUACCUUUUAAAACUGUACUAAACUGCACUCAUAAACUCUGAUAGUCACAAAGCUGUACUCCUGUUCCUGCAUACCUUUUAAAAGCUGUACUCCUGUUCCUGCAUACCUUUUAAAAGCUGUACUCCUGAGCUGCACUCCUAAACUCUGACAGUCACAAAGCUGUACUCCUGGGAUGGACGUUUGAUGCCGGAUAGCUGUAAGCCGCACUCCUAACCCAGGAUACCCACUUUUGCAGUACACCGGAUACCCACUAAUCAGUGAUCCUGGACUGCACCCCUCAGUCUGAACCCCCACCUAUCAGUCCCCCCCCCUCAUAAUUUUGAUGCUAGGUUUACACCCAGCUGUGCCUCUGCAUUAGUCGCCUUUUAUCCUGUCUAUCCAUCCAGCUCAGAAUUUGGAUUAGCCUUUGAUCCCGACCAUCUCCUUCACUGUUCCUCUGUUCUAGCCUCCUAAUCUUUAAUAUUGCUAGCUUUGUCUUCAACACGCCCAUCGUGAUCCUAUUCUGCUGAUCCUUUUAGUGUAGUGGUCCUGCACUACCCACCUGAUCCUGUCUACACUCCUGCUGUAUUUCUGGGAUUUGUGUAUUUUCCUGGCUCUGAUCCCAAAUUACAGUUCCUCCAGAUCCUGACUAUCCUUCCUUCCUUUUCCUACGUUACUGUCCUUAAUAUAGCUUGUCACAAAAAUAGUGCACCAAAUUUUUCUGGCUCAGCCUUCACGCUACACUACUGUUCCUCAAUUUUCUAUUUUGCUGCGCUGCACAAUUCUUAACCGUCAAACUGGAAAUCCCUGUGAAGCUCUUCUCCUCCAGCACGUGAUUGUUGAACUACUGCUUGGAAAACUUGCCACCUCGUUGGUGGGUGUCUACCAAAUUCUGAGCUUCAAGACUACCUCGGCUUCUGGAUAGUUUCUGAGUUGCCCUCCUGGAAUUUUCUUUGAGUUUGAUCAGCUGGAAGUGAGAUCUUCACUUGUAUUUCUUUCCUAGCCAUUGUUUUGGAUUUUGGAGCCUUCCUUGUGGUGUUCCUGGAGACCUCACCAUUACUGUUUCCUAACCGAAGACCCUUCUAGAAGAGAAUAUAUAUAUUUGCCUAUUCAAGACUUUUAAAAAACCCAAGUUAGAGGGACUACUGGUCACUCCCAGACCCAAGCCAUCGUUCUGGAUUCUGGUACCUUCCUCAUGGUGUUCCUGGAGAAUUUACCAUUUCUGUUUCCUAACUGAACACCCUUCUAGAAGAGCCUUGGGGCUUUUUGUAUAUAUUUGCCUAUCCAAGUCUUUAAAAAAGCUGAGUUAGAGGGACUACUGGUCACUCUCAGACCCAAGCCAUCGUUCUGGAUUCUCAUACCUUCCUCAUGGGGUUCCUGGAGACCUCACCAUUUCUGUUUCCUAACUGAAGACCCUUCUAGAAGAGAAUAUAUAUAUAUUUGCCUAUUCAAGCCUUUAAAAAAGCCAAGUUAGAGGGACUACUGGUCACUCCCAGACCCAAGCCAUCAUUUUGGAUUCUGGAUCCCUCUUCGUGGUGCUCCCGGAGACCUCACCAUUUCUGUUUCCUAACUGAAGACCCUUCUAGAAGAGAAUAUAUAUAUUUGCCUAUUCAAGUCUUUAAAAAAAGCCAAGUUAGAGGGACUACUGGUCACUCUCAGACCCACGCCAUCGUUCUGGAUUCUGGUGCCGUCCUUAAGGUGUUCCUGGAGACCUCACCAUUUUUGUUUCCUAACAGAAGCCAUGUCUAAAAGAGCCUUGGACCACUUCCUAUGUAUUUCCAUUUUCCAGUCUUAAAAAAAGUCAACUUUUUUACUACUAGUCACUCUCCGACCCAAGACAUCUGACUACUGGGGUAGACGAAUCAAUAUGGAAUUCAGGAACUAGUCCGGGAACCAGCUCCAUAGACCAUAACGAGAGAAGACUUCAAGAGUUGGACACCAGCUUUACUAUUUAAGGAGCGUUGGCUUCCUGGCACCUGGGCUUUGUCCAGCCUUGUUUUAAAUUAUUGAUAAACUCUAAUAUAUUGCUAUUAAUUUAAGUUCCUUAGUCCAGUGUUGCACUUCUACACAUUCCCAUAUUGGUUUUGUCUACUCCUCCUGGAUGCUUUCAGAUUUUAGGUCCAACCAUUGUGGCUGAAAUUUGGAUUGCUGAAAAAUUGAUAAAGCAAUAUUUAAAAAAAACGAAAUCACCUGUAUCUCUUUGCAUCUACUACAAGUAAUUUUUUGACCAAUGCUGAAUUGAUACAUUUGUAUCCACCAGAGUUUUUUUUUUGGAUGAGACAAGAAUCGUGGCCAAAAAACGUGUCUCCUGUAUCAUCACUAUGACUGCAUACCAGCCUUGGAUACAUGUUUAGUUCUUUCAUUGUGAAGCUUUGGAAUUAUUUUCGAUUGUUGAGUGCUUAUCAGUUUCGGAUUAUUUAAUCCGAGCCGUUGACCUCUGGAUAUAAUUUGACGCACUACUUCACCUUUCGGUGAGACUGUCCUGCUCUCGUGUUUUCAUAAAUUGUUUUAUUUAUUAUUUUUGAAGACCACUUCCAUGCCUUGGCACUCUUCCGCUUUUUGGCUUCCAUGAACUUGCAGACUCCGCUAGUACCCAUCGGUGGUUUUUACGUCCUUAUCUGCACUUGGUCGACCGGGACCUUUCAGACGAGUUUGUGACGAUGGAAGAUUCGCAGCUGCCCUCGGGGUUACUGGAGAUUUGUGUGCUUGUUGGCGCUUCCACAGACAAACUGAGGGAGAUAAACAAGGUCACACAGAGAGGAAUACGUCAUGUGCAAUCUUUGGAGCCGGAGAUUACCUCUGUCUUCGUUCCUCCUUUCAUACCCAAAGAUGAAAUGGCAUCAGCAUCUGCUCAGGGCAACUUCCAGCGGCUUCCCAGGCGGCGCUCCUUCCGCAAGAAGAAAGAAAAACCCAAGUCUGAGGUUGGCUCUGCUAACGGUGGGAGAGAGACCACCACAGAGGAGAUCAGUGUACCCAAAGACAUCGAUCUUGUAGGAUUGCCGCAGCUGUGCUUUCCAGGAGGGCUACCUGUAACCUCUGAAUCUAAAGAAGACUAUUUCCACUUCCUGGUGUUCACCGAUGUUUUGGGGAACCGAACGCAUGGCGUGGUGGCGCAGUUCUCCAGAUCCAUCCAGGAAACGCUGGGGUUGUCCAAUGGACAGGCUUACUGGGAUUCGUCUUCCAAUCACACCAAGACUUAUGAUGCCUACACUACCUUCGCCCUUUGUGUUAUAUCCAAAUAUCCCUACUAUACCGCCCUGAAGGAUUGCCUUUCAUGUUUUCUAUUGCAGCUGAAAUCGUGUAAAGAGUCCGACCUUGACGAACGAAUCAAGGAAUUUGCGGCCAAGCUGUCACUGAUACCAAAUCCGCCACCGGGACCCCUCCACCUGGUGUUCAACAUGAAGCCGCUUCAGAUCUUUUUCCCAUCCCGAGAGGACCCCGAAAGUCCCAUAAUCGAUUUGGACCUUCACCUUCCUUUCCUCUGCUUCACCCCAAAACAGGUCUUACAGAUCAUGGCUUGUAUUCUGACAGAGCGCAAGAUUGUCUUCUUCUCUUCGGACUGGGCCUUGCUGACGCUUCUGGCCGAGUGUUUCAUGGUCUACCUCCACCCCAUCAAGUGGCAGCACACCUUUGUACCCAUCCUAUCCCGCCAUAUGCUGGACUUUAUUAUGGCGCCAACCUCGUUCCUUAUGGGCUGUCACCUGGAUCACUACAAGGAAGUGCGCACGGAAGCUGAAGAUUUGGUCUUAAUAAACAUUGAUCAUGGGAACAUCUCCUUCAUCCUGAAUGAAGACGAGGAGGAGAGCGAUGUCGCAGAUAUUCCUGUAGAAGCUGCUGAGAUGUUCAUAUGCAGAGUGGAGAGCCUUCAGCUGCACUAUGACCUGGAGCUGUGUCAUCGCUCAUCACCCAAUGACAUUGGAGAACUGAGACUUCGGAGGCGGGUCUGGCAGCAGAACCUGAAUGCAGAGAUACAGGAGAUUGCACUCCAGCUUAUUGUGGAUAUAUUCCGGGAUGUGAAGGCUCACCUGAAUUAUGAGCACCGAGUGUUUAAUAGUGAGGAGUUCCUGAAGACACGGAGUCCCUCAGACCAGCCCUUCUACAAACAGGUUUUAGAAACCUACUUGUUCAACGUAUUUCUUAAAGCGCGUUUGAACAAGAAAAUGGACGCCUUUACCCAGAUGGAGUUCAACACGUCCUCUGAAACUGAUGGAAGGUCCAGCAUACUUGAAAGCCAACGGCGGAGAGCCACCGAGAAGUUAAAACGCUUUCGCCCAGAGCACAUGUUCAGCAAGAAGCUGGUCAUCAGUAUGCCAAACCUGCAGGAUGUCAGCGUGGCCGAACUUCCGCAGAGACCGCAAUCUCUGAGGAGACCGCAGACGCAGAAUGGGUUCAGGCCAACCGGAAAACCUUUUUACACCUUCAAGCUGCCUCUGGUCCAUUACCCUCUGAUGCGACAAUGCGUUCAGACGUAUUAUACGGACCUGAACAACUUCCUCAGUAAGGAGAUCACUUGUCUUCCUCCGGAGAACUCGGCCCUCCUGGCCCGAUACUUCUACCUCCGGGGUCUGGUGUUCAUCAUGCAGGGAAAACUCCUCAGCGCUCUGUCCGACUUCCAGAACUUGUAUAAGACCGACCUGCGGAUCUUCCCCACCGAACUGGUGAGAAAAGUCAUCCUGUCACUGCCGGCGUCUGAGCGCCAACAAGCGGAGAACCGGCAGGAGCUGAAGAGGCUGAUCAGCCAGGUGCUGGAUAAGGAGAGGGACGUCCCCAAGGCCGACGACCACGUCAAGAAGUUUGAGCUUCCCAGGACCCACCUGCACCUGGAGGACUUUGUGCGCCGGAUCCAAGAGUCUGGGAUUGUGAAAGACAUUGACACCAUACACCGCUUGUUUGACGCUUUAACCGUCGGUCACCAGAAGCAGAUAGACCCGGAUAUCUUCAGAGAUUUCUACAACUGCUGGAAGGAGACGGAGGCGGAAGCGGAGGAGGUUGACCUGCCGUCCAUAGUCACCGAGAGGCUGGACCAGAAUGAAUUUGUGUACAAGUUGUCCAAUUCGGUGAAAACCAACCUCGGGGUGGGGAAGAUCGCCAUGACUCAGAAGAGGCUCUUCCUUCUGAUUGAGGGCAGGCAGAGCUACGAGGAAAUCGCCAUAUUUAGGAAUAUAGAGGAUGUAAAGGUCUCUAUGUCGGCCUUCCUACUCUUACGGAUUCCAACACUCAGGAUUAAGGCCUCCACCAGGAAAGACGCGUUUGAUGCCAAUCUAAAGGGUGAAUGUGAGCUGUGGAAUCUGAUGAUCAAAGAGAUGUGGGCGGGGAGGAAGAUGGCUGACAACCACAAGGACCCUCAGUAUGUACAGGAGGCUCUCACCAAUGUCCUUCUCAUGAACGCUGUGGUUGGCGCUCUCCAGACUGCAAAAUCCAUUUACGCCGCCUCCAAGCUCUCGCACUUCGACAGGAUGAGGAACGAAGUUCCUAUGAUGAUUCCAAAGACCACCUCUGAGACUCUGAAACACAGGAUAAACCCUUCAGCCGGGGAGACCACAACUCAGUCUGUGGAUGUAUUGCUCUAUACCCCAGGGCAGCUGGACAAGUCCGGUCGGGACGACUCCCCUAAGCUGUGGUGCGCCACGGGUGAGGGGAAGGUGGUUGUGUUUAACGCCUCCUCCUGGUCCAUUCAACAACAUUGCCUGAAAGUGGGAAAGGCUAAACUGAGGUGUAUGGUGGGAGUGGACUCGACUCACGUGUGGAUCGGAUCGAGUGAUUCCAUGAUUUACAUCAUCAACAUUCACAGUAUGUCCUGUAACAAGCAGCUAAGUGACCACCGGGACGAGGUAGUAGACAUCGUCACCGACAUCAGUGAUACUCAGAAGAGGCUGGCGUACUCCUGCAGUGCGGACGGCAAUGUCUUUGCCUGGGAUGUGAACACCCUGAAGGUCAAUCAUAAGUUCCAGCUGAAAUAUGACAUCACCUCUAUGAAGCUGUACAACGACCUGCUGAUGUACUGUACCAAAGAUUCGAUCGUCGUAACGAGGAAAAACGGGCAGCUGUGCAAGAAGAUGGAGAUCACAGAGAAUAUACGCAAGAACAGCCCGGAGCUUUCCUCCAUCCAGUUCUUCUCGGAGAAGUCCCAGCUGUGGGCGGCGAGCAGAAGAGCCGGUGAGAUCUGUGUGUUUGACACAAAAGAUUUCUCCAAAGCCCCGCACAGGAUCGUACUGCAGGACUGCUGGCUGGUCACGUGUUUGCUGAAGGUCAAGCAGCAGAUCUGGGUUGGCAGCCAGGGACUCUCGCAGGGUAAGACCAGAGGGAAGAUCUACGUCAUUGACACAGAGAAGAAGAGUGUGGAGAAGGAGCUGGUGGCACACACGGACAUAGUGAAAUCUCUGUGCUCUGCAGAGGACCGCUAUGUGCUAAGCGGCUCGGGGGAGGAGGACGGCAAGGUGGCCAUAUGGAAAGUAGAAUGAGCCAAUGGACGUAUUAAGUCUUCCUUGGUGUACCCACUCCGGUCAGGGAUAGAUGUCAGAGUACAGUGGAGCCGUAUGAUCUGUGGCUGCCGACAAGUAGGAGUCUUCAGAUUUCGGGCUCUGGAAUUGGGAUCGUCGGGUAAUGGGUCAGUAUUGGAGAACGAGGAAAGUUCUUCUUCAGUUGAAGAUCGGAGGAGAAUUCUGGAUGUCCGAUUGGUGGAAUUUAAAGGUGUUGUACUCUGCGCAGUAACUCCGCAUCUAAUGGAGCAUGACGGCAGACGCCAUAAUCCUGGAAAAGACGCUAACUCACACUUUAUACUCCGUAGUGCUAUUUAUUAAAGAUGGACUUCUCUCAUUCCACUUUUUUUCGCUACAUUGUUCUCAGCUCAGUCAACUGCCAAUCUGUUGCAGCUGGAUAGAGAACGGCAGUUUACCUGCUGUAGGGCUUCUUAAAAACACUUAAUUUUGUCGUAAGGUAAGGUGCGCUCGCCUGAAAUGCCUUUCAAUGGAGAAGAGGCUGCUGGGAGAAUUCGGUCCUAGAUCAACUCUUAGAGAAGUCUGAUCCCAUGUUUUCUUUAGUAUUUGUGCAAAGACUUUACAUGUAAUAUAUUUUAGUUGUAGUUAAGAUAAAAUACACUAAACUGUGCAAAGAUUGGUAUUUCAGGCCGUAUUCAUAAAAAAGAAACUCCCAUUGUGGUAAUUGAUGGAAUUUUGUUAUCUAUUGAGGUCACUGAGGCUGGCCAUACAUUAUACAAUUUUAUUAUUCAAUUGCCUUUAGAUUUAUGGUCAACUAUGUAGUACAAGGGCCUGUUUGAUUGGAUACAAAGUAAAA